CAGACAGGGAAAUCACAUCUGGAAAGAACGCGUCUAUGGCUGAAAAAUACUCCUCUACCACCCUCGCAAAAUACCUUGAUGGAGAAUUCUGGGAAGUUAAGGAUCAAAUUAGGAGAGAAAUCUCCAUCUGUGAAUUGUUUCAAUCAAACAGUUACGACCUCACUCUGGACGAGACAAGAGACUUGACAGCCGAGAGACUCCACUACUUUCUAAAACUGCCACUGAUACGAAGCCAGCUAAUAGACCAGGUGAAGGAAGAUGGCCAGAGGGGCUUUCUGGCUAAAAGCCUGGGAAUCACAGAGCUUCUGUGCUCUGCAGAUAUGGCAACUGGAGUAAAGUUGGGUGUCGUUUGCGGGCUGUAUGGCGGUGCUGUCACCAACCUCGGGAGCUCGGAGCAGAAGGAGCGGUGGUACCUGCCUGUGUCGGAGCUGAAGUUUACUGGGAUGUUUGCCAUGACAGAGAGAGGUCACGGGAGCAAUGUCCGUGGAAUCCUGACUGAAGCCCAUUAUCAACCUGCUACUCAGGAGUUCAUCAUCCACACACCAUGUGACGAUGCUCAGAAGAUGUACAUCGGCAAUUCAAUGAAGGGAAACUUUGCUGCAGUGUUUGCUCAGCUUACUGUGAAUGGAGAGUCUCAAGGCCCGCACUGUUUCGUGGUCCCCAUCCGAGACGAGCACGGGACCAUGCACCCUGGAGUCACCGCUAUCGACAUGAAGCACAAGGAAGGCCUUCAUGGAGUUGACAAUGGGAUACUGAUAUUCAACAAAGUUAGGAUACCAAGGGAAAACCUUCUUGACAAGUUCGGCACAGUGUCUGAGGAUGGAAUGUACUCGUCUCCAAUCAAGAGCAAGAGCAGCCGCUUCAACGCCAUGCUGGCGGCUCUGACGCCCACGCGCCUCGGCCUCACUGUCCAGGCUAUGGCAGCCAUGAAGUUGGGGCUCAUCAUUGCUGUACGCUACAGUCACAGUCGGAGGCAGUUUGGGCCCAGGGACCAGGACGAGGUGAAGAUCAUCGAGCACCAGACCCAGUACCUGAGGCUCAUGCCACACCUGGCCGCCGCCCUGGCGCUCACCUUCACCACCAGGUAUGCAGCGCGGCUGAUAGACGAUGCCCUGUUUGCGGGUCAGGACCUCCAGAGUGACCGCUCCCUGCAGGCUCUGGUGGCCGGCCUGAAGGCCUACAGCACCUGGGAGAACCUGGCCUGCCUGCAGGAGUGCCGCGAGUGCACCGGGGGCAUGGGCUUUAUGAUGCAGAACAGGAUCCCGGCUCUAAAGUGCGACUCCGACGUCUUUGUGACUUUUGAAGGAGACAACGUGGUCAUGCUACAGGUGGUGGUGCGUGAGCUGCUCAGCCAGUACACCAAGCAGCUAGGCAACAGCGUGGUGGCCGGCCUCAUCAGAACCUGGACCAGUUCCGCCUCAGACAGCCUCAGAACCAGUUUCCUAGGCUUCAGUGUGGACAAAGUGGGUGAUUUGAGUUUCCUGCUGAAAGCUGUGAGCUAUCGGGAGAGAGUGCUCCAGAGAAGCUUGGCUGCCAGGCUCUAUAACAAGGUUGAGAAGAACAAAGACGAGUUUUUCGAGGCUUGGAACUCCUGUCUCCAUCAUGUCACCGGUCUGGCAUUGGCUCAUAUCCACCGAGUGACAUUGGAGCAGUUUGCACUGGCUAUUCAAGAAUGCCAGGUUGCAGAAGACCACGCCUUGCUCACAAAGUUCUGCCUCUUGCACGGCACCAGUCUGGUGUACCAGGAGAGGGCUUGGUACCUGGAACACAAGUACCUGACCCCGAGCACUAGCAGGCAGAUCCGCACCCAGCUCUUGGAGCUCUGCAAGUCUGUGAAGGACGCGGCCUUGAAGGUGGUCUCGGACUUCAACAUCCCACCGUGCUGCAUACAGGCUCCCAUCGCCGGAGUGGCCAAUCCGAGGGCCGAGUGGGCCUUCUACUCCCAGCCGCAGAUCCCGUCGGCACAGAAAACGCUCUCCAAGCUCUGAGGCCAGCCGGUGUGGAGGAGGCAAACCAACUAACUCCUUACUAACGUACAGUAUGGCUGUCCAAAGGAACUGUCCCACACGUGUGGAGUUUUAACACCUAUAAAGGUAGACUUUGUGUUAUGCCAGCGUUACCUUGUGAGACACUAGCGUGUGGAGUUGAUUAUAUAUUAUAUAAGUCCAGUUUGAUUUCUGUUUUUGUUUUGCUGCAUAUGCCUUAUGUUGUGUCUUGGUUGCCAUGGGAUUCACAGGGAUGUCAGGUCAUACGCUAAAACAUGAUCCAUAUAGCCUAUUUCUCCAGGCUGUCAGAAUGUUCUAUUGUGUGUGUGACAUUCUUCUCCAUAGAUCUUUGACAUGAAAGGACUGUUUAGAGCUAUGCCAAUGCACUUACCACACACACACAACACAAACUCUUUUCACUGAUACACUUUGAAGACUCUGCUUUUCUGCUUUUAGACAGAAUUGGUUGACUUGAUCAGUUUUAUGUCAACAUCAAGUCAACCAAUCAAGUCACUUUUAUGUCAACAUCUCACUGACUUGACCUGCCGUAGCGGAUCGACACGGGGGCCUUAACAGUGGGGCAAGGUGAGGUCAUUGGUUAUGGAAGCAAUCUAACCUCUGGGCUGAAGUCUAGCUGUCAUAUCAUUACGCCAUGUCAUAUCAACGGUAUUAGUGACGGACAGUAUUCUAUCUUCUGCUGUGUACCAUUCACAACUUUCAAUCAUAGCUCUGACCAAGUAUUCAGAAUACUUCACUGCCGGUAUUUCAGUUGCAAAUGGUGCAGGAAAGAAUAUCAUUCCAAAUGUUUUCUAUAUGAGAUGUUGUAUCUUCUACAGCAUAUUUUGAUAAAGUAUAUCUGUCUGUUUCUCUCUUUGCUUGUCAGCAUGUCUAAGGAUCACCAGCUCUUUUUCAUUCUGUUAUUAUAUUGUAAUUAUGUAUUUCUUUAAAUUAUUACUGAAAUAUUUUACAUUAGUGGUCAUGCAGCAGUCAGAUAUUAUGCUUACAGUUGCCAUGGUCUACCAAGGUACAGUGAUGUGUUUUAGGUUUGUAAAGUUACCAUAAAACUGCUCAGAAUUUCAAUAAAUCCAACCUAUCAUGA